AUGACCUCUGCCCGUCCACCUGUCGAGCUUAGGCCAAGGAGGUUUAAGGGGAGCGGGAGUGGCGGGGGUCGCGGCCGCUCUGGCCUGCGCACAGCGGCGCUAAGCGCGGGGGCCGACGCUGCACCCGAGGCGACCGCCCGGGCCCGCCGGGAACCCAGGCCCGCGGGGGGCGCGGGGCUCGGUGCGGAGGCCGCGGACGCCGACGGAGGGGGCGCGGCUGCUCGAGCGCCCCCCGGGGCCCGGCCGCCGUCCGCCCUCCUCCGCCGCGGCCCGCCGCAGGGAGCCGGGCCUGCCGCGCCGCGCGCCGCCAUGGAGCCCGGGCCCGCCGCCGCUCGGGGCCCCGGUUGGCGCGGCGCUGCCGCUCCCGCUCCCGCUGCCGCUGCCGCCGUGGCCGCCGUGGCCGCCGUGCUGCCGGCGGGGGGCAGCGGGGAGAGGAUGGGCGUCCCCACCCCGAAGCAGUUCUGCCCCGUCCUGGAGAGGCCGCUCAUCAGCUACACCCUGCAGGCCCUGGAGAGCAUAUGUUGGAUAAAGGACAUUGUUGUGGCAGUCACUGGAGAGAAUAUGGAAGCAAUGAAGGGUAUCAUUCAGAAGUACCAGCAUCAGCGCAUCUCCCUGGUUACAGCUGGAGUGACCCGCCACAGGUCAAUUUUCAACGGACUAAAAGCCCUAGCAGAAGACCAGCCUGACUCUAAGCUCUCUAAGCCAGAAGUUGUGAUAAUUCAUGAUGCUGUGAGACCCUUUGUUGAGGAAGAUGUUCUUCUUAAAGUUGUCACAGCAGCUAAGGAACAUGGGGCAGCAGGAGCGAUUCGACCUCUUGUAUCUACUGUGAUCAGUCCAUCUGCUGAUGGUUGCUUAGACCAUUCACUUGAUCGUGCCAGACACAGAGCAAGUGAAAUGCCACAGGCUUUUCUAUUUGAUGUGAUCUAUGAAGCAUAUCAGCAGUGUAGUGACUAUGACUUGGAAUUUGGAACUGAGUGUUUGCAGUUGGCUCUGAAGUAUGGUCAUGUUCAUGCCAAACUUGUGGAAGGAUCGCCUGACCUCUGGAAGGUGACCUACAAACGAGAUCUGUAUGCAGCUGAAUCGAUUAUUAAGGAAAGAAUUUCACAACACAUUUGCAUAGUUAUGGACACAAAAGAUGAGAAUCAUGUGGGACAUCAUCUUGAAGAAAUACUAAAAAAUGAACUAAAUCAUGUAAAGGUCACGUCUGGAGCUCUGUGUCCUGCUGGCAGAGAUCUUGAGCAAAUCAUCCUAGAGCAAUGCUACAGUUAUGUAUGUGUGAAUGUUAUGUCCUCUGAUUUUGAGAAAACCAGGAGAUUACUGAAUAUGCUUGAAGAGAGUAAUCUUUCCAUUUUAUAUCCUAUUGUUGUUAUUUCAGUAUAUUUUCUUGAUUAUAAAUCAGUACCUUUUGAUCAGAAAAUGGAAAACCUAAUGCAAAUUAAGGAAUAUGCAAAGGAAGUAAAAAAAAGAAAUAUUUUAUUAUGUGGUCUUCUUAUAUAUUACCCACAGGAGGAGCAGAACCUACAGGCAAGUUUAAGGCAAGGCGCCACAAUUAUUGCCACCUUAAUCAAAGAAAGAAAUUCUGGACUUGUUGGUCAGCUACUGGUAGCAUGAAGAACACAGAAAAUUAUGUAUGGGGUUUUUAGAAGCAUUUAUUUAGGUAUCUCCAUUGUGCUUCCCUCCCUAUUGUAUGUGGUAGAAUGUUUGGGUUGUCUUUUAUGUCACAUAUUUUGUAGGAUAUGAUUUUUGGGUUAUAGGAAUGGAUCAGUGUUUUUAAUCUGUGAAAAAAAUACUUUGGUGCAAAUAUAAAUUAUCUCAACCAGAAAAUAAGUAAAUGAAAAGUAAUAACAUUCAGGUAAUCUUUCUGCAAAGGGAAGAAAAAUCAAAUAGAAAUCAUGGUGGGUGAGCUAAUCUUCCUAUGAAUAAGAAUUUAGAAUACUUCGGUUAUGACAUUAUAUCUGUGUUAAUUAGUAAAUCACACCAUCAUGAAACUAGUAAAAAAAAAAGAUUUAGAAUUAUUUUUAAUUCUAAAACUGUCCUUUUAUCAAGUGCUAUUUUGAUUUGUAUUCUAAUUUUCCACACCUUAAAAAAAUAAGUAAAUAAAAGAGAUAACUGGAAACUCUGCUUCAAAUAUUUUCACUCUUGGCUUCACAUUACUCUAUAUCUGCAAAGGAGUUGUAAUUCCCUCCUGCUUUUGUUUCAAAAUUUUUUUCUUGGUUUAUGAAAAGUAAUUUUGACUUAUUUUAAAAUGUCUCUGAUUUUUUGGAAUACAUUUAAAAGAAGACCAGAUAUUUCAUAAAACUGAAAUUAUUUUGGUCAAUCCCAAGUUAGUCUUUCUGAAAGGUAGGGAGUACUAAAAUAUUUUUGAUACAGAUACUGCUGUUUUGUUUUUUUUUUAAUUUAUUAUUCUUUUAAAUUUAAGUAGGCUCCACACCUAGCAUGGAGCCCAGUACAGGGCUCAAACUCACCAGCUGGUAUCAAGACCUGAGCUGAGAUCAAGAGUUAGAUGCUUGGGGCACCUGGGUGGCUCAGUGGUUGGGCAUGUGCCUUUGACUCAGGGCAUGGUCCCUGAGUCCUGGGAUCAAGCCCCGCAUCAAGCUCCUCACAGGGAGCCUGCUUCUCCCUCUGCCUAUGUCUCUGCCUCUCUCUGUGUCUCUCAUGAAUAAAUAAAUAAAAUCUUUUUAAAAAGAGCAAUUUUGAGGUACCUGGUUGGCUCAGUUCAUUAAGCAUCUCUUUUUAUGUUAUCUAUAUUAGUAGGAGAUUUUAUAUUUUACAUUUAGGUAAUAGUGAGUACAAUGGGUAAUGGACAUGGAGUAAUUACUUCAGUUCAUUCUCCUAAAGGGGUUGUUUCAGUGUAACGUGGGUCUAAAUCCCUGGGCUUGCGAUUUCUCUCUCUCUAGGGAUGAUAAAAAAUAUAAGCAAUUUAAUUCAAAAUCGUGAGGAUGAGAGUAUGAGUAUGUGGGCAAUGUGUAGAUUUUUAGUUAGAACGUCUGUCAUUGUUAAGGUAAUGUCCUUUACUGUGAAUAUGGAACUUGAGGUUCAGGAAUCUUAACUAUUUUGGCUAGAGCUGUAUGAUUGCCUCCUAAGAAAAGGUAGAGAUUAAACUCAGGACCGUUGAUAAUAAAUUUCAAGCUCAUCUCUUUGUUUAUGAUUCUCGCAAAGGACAUCCAGCUGAGAGGCAGUUGGAAGUAAGCCAGACUCCCAAUGAGCACUGGAGGAGUGGACAAAAAAGGACAGGUCAUCCCAAUGACCAGAGGAAAGUCCUGAAGCUUUUGGCUUUCCAGCCAUCUUUCCAACAUAUAGAAAUUAUAGCUAGGGGUGAAGGGAAUGGAGAGAAUUAUUGGCCAAGAGAGAAAGAAAAAUUGGUUGUUUUUUAGUGUUUAAGAGAUCCAGAGGCAACUUUAUGGUUAAAUUUUCACCAGUGCUUCUGUAAACUUAAUUAUUUUCAUGGGAACAGUCUAUUUUCACUUUAUUUUCUAAAAUGUCUUUUAAAAAAUAGUAAUUUAUGCUUCAGAGUUGCUCAAAUUGUUUUCUACCCCUGGAAAGUUUUGUGGAAUGACUGUUUUCUUUCUAAAUGUUUGCUUGUUAAUUAAACGCAAUUUAGUUAGACUUUUAUGGAAUUUAACAGUGUGAUCAAUGGUUUGGUGAAUGACUUGUUGGUAAGAGGUAGUUUGUUUUUCAUAAAACUGCUCAAUUUGAGAGAUAACUUGUUGCAAGUAUGUGAAUUUAUGGGUAAGAAUUGGAGCCCUAUAUUCCACCCAGAGCCACUUCUUACUGUGGACACUUCAAAUGUUUUGCAUUUGUUUAAUAGGUAAACUCUUCUUUCUCAUGCUGGUUAUCACUAUCACAUUUUACUUAAUAUAUGUAAAUACAAUGAUCAUUUCAUAAACGUUAAGUUUCAGUAGAACAUUUUCUUAUAUUAAAUCCGCAAAUUUUAUUUCCUUUUAACGUUGAAACUAAUUAGGCCAAGGAAGAAUAAACAAUAUUUUAAUGAAAAAGGUUGAAGCCAUUUUGAAGGAAGAUUGAGCUUAUUUUCAAAGUUUAAUUAAAAAAUAAACAGGAAAAAUGAAAAAGUAUAUAUUAUUUUAGGAUUUUUUAGUAUAGUUUGAAAUAAGUGAAUUAGAAUUCGCUGAGUGGUGGUUUGGGCAUUGUACUAUUUAUAUAUGUUCUUGUACAUUUUACUUUCAAAGUUGUGAGAGAUGUAUGCAUUUUUUUAAUGACAAGUAACACUAUUAAAGAUUCUCAAUAUAUUAUCUUUAUAAGACAAAAUAUAAUUGAUAAUGAAUUAAUCAGUAUUUUAAA